AGACAUGCUGCGACCAUGUGCCAGUAUUGUUGGCUUUUGGACAUAAAUGCCCUUGUCUCCUCCAUCCUUCCCACAAAUUACCCCAACAAAACCUUUCUUCUCUUCCCUUGCACUGCAAGCGGCCAUUUUUGCUCUCAAGGAACAUCUUCUUCUAUUACACGUAGCCGAAGCAGCAGACCGUUUCUCUUUCUUUCUGUGUCUCUUGUUGUAUGAGUUCAGAGAGAGAGAGGGAGAGAUUACAUAGAUGGGAGUCGGAACGAGCACGUUUGUCAUCAGAUGGAUCAACUUUAUCACUAUGCUUUUGGCUGUAGCUGUUAUAGGGUUUGGCGUGUGGAUGAGUACUCAUGAUGACAAUUGCCGAAAGUCUCUCACUCUUCCUGUUCUGGGUCUUGGGGCAUUUAUAUUCGUAAUAUCAAUAAUUGGCUUUCUUGGCGCAUUAAAGAACAACUCGAUACUGUUGUGGGCUUACCUGAUCUUGUUAUGCCUGAUAUUGGUGGGAAUCCUUGUCUUCACUGUGCUAGCCUUCAUUGUGACAAACAAUGGUUCGGGGCACAGCGUAACCGGCUUAAAGUACAAAGAGUAUCAACUUCAGGAUUACAGUUCGUGGUUUCUAAAACAAUUAAAGGAUGGACAUAACUGGGAGCACUUGAAGAGUUGUCUUGUUAAAUCUGAGGACUGCAAUGAUUUAUCGAAGAAAUAUAAGACUCUCAGACAAUAUAAAUCAGCAAAAUUAACCCCAAUUGAAGCUGGUUGUUGCCGACCUCCAUCUGAAUGUGGUUACCCUGCUGUGAAUGCGUCGUACUACGACUUGAGCUACCAUCCCGUUAGUUCCAACAAGGACUGCAAGCUCUAUAAGAACUCCCGAUCUGUGAAGUGCUACAAUUGUGAUUCGUGCAAGGCUGGAGUUGCUCAGUACAUGAAGACCGAGUGGAGGGUGGUUGCAAUUUUCAACGUGAUCCUGUUCGUUGUCUUGUCAUUGAUUUAUUUCAUCGGAUGCUGUGCGAGGCAAAAUGCUGCCCGGAACCAUUCUAAAACUUGAGAAAAGCAGGCCUGUAAUCC